GAUGGGAAAGCCCAGGGUGGUGGCCGUGGCGGGAGGGUCGGAGCCAUGGCGGCCAGGACGGCGGGUGGGGGGCGCUGGGAGGUAGUGAAGAAGGGGCGGCGGCCUGGGGCCGGCGGCAGUGGUAAAGGCGGCGGAGGGGACCGCCGGGCGCUCGGGGAGGCGAAUGGAGUGUGGAAGUACGACUUGACCCGCCCCCUUUCUCUGCCUGUCAUCACCCCAGCUCCAAUCCAGACGACAAGCACUCUGUACGAGCGGGGCUUUGAGAAAAUCAUGAAGCGGCAGAAUAAGGAGCAGGUUCCACCCCCUGCUGUGGAGCCUAAAAAACCGGGAAACAAGAAACAGACUAAGAAGGUAGCGACCCUCGCCAACCAGAACCAGAAGCAAGGCCGCUUUCGCAGCCUGGAGGAGGCACUGAAAGCUCUGGACAUGGCAGCUCUGCAGAGGGAACUGGACAAGAGCCAGAGCGUGUUCUCUGGGAACCCAUCCGUGUGGCUGAAGGACCUGGCCAGCUAUCUCAACUACAAGCUCCAAGUACCUCCAAGUGAACCCACACUAAGCCAGCAUACUCACGAUUAUCCCUACAGCUUGGUGAGCCGGGAGCUGCGUGGGAUCAUCCGAGGGCUACUGGCGAAGGCAGCAGGGUGCCUGGAGCUCUUUUUUGACCACUGUCUGUUCACCAUGCUACAGGAACUGGAUAAGACACCAGGGGAGUCACUACAUGGUUACCGCAUCUGUAUCCAGGCCAUUCUGCAAGACAAACCCAAGAUUGCCACCACGAACCUGGGCAAGUUCCUGGAACUGCUGAGGUCCCACCAGAGCCGACCAGCGAAGUGUCUGACCAUCAUGUGGGCCCUGGGUCAAGCAGGUUUUGCGAACCUCACCGAGGGACUGAAAGUGUGGCUGGGGAUCAUGCUGCCUGUGCUGGGCAUCAAGUCUCUGUCUCCUUUCGCCAUUGCCUACCUAGAUCGGCUGCUCCUGAUGCACCCCAACCUCACCAAGGGCUUUGGCAUGAUUGGCCCCAAGGACUUCUUCCCACUUCUGGACUUUGCCUAUAUGCCCAACAACUCCCUGACUCCCAGCCUGCAGGAGCAGCUGUGUCAGCUCUACCCACGGCUCAAGGUGCUGGCAUUUGGAGCAAAGCCAGAAUCCACCCUGCAUACCUACUUCCCCUCCUUCCUGUCCAGAGCCACUCCCAGCUGCCCUCCAGAGAUGAAAAAAGAGCUCCUGAGCAGCCUGACUGAGUGCCUGACGGUGGACCCACUCAGCACCAGCGUCUGGAGGCAGCUGUACCCCAAACAUCUGUCACAGUCCAGUCUGCUGCUGGAGCACUUGCUCAGGUCCUGGGAGCAGAUUCCCAAGAAGACGCAGAAGUCUUUGCAAGAAACCAUUCAGUCCUUCAAGCUUACCAACCAGGAGCUGCUAAGGAAGGGCAGCUGCAGCAACCAGGAGGUCACCACCUGUGACGUGGCCUGCAAGAGGCUGUUGCAGCAGGCGCGGGGCUUCCGGCUGCCCUGGACACGGCUACUCCUGUUGGUGCUGGUCUUUGCCAUAGGUUUCCUGUGCCACGACUUCCGGUCACACGGCUCUUUCCAAGCCUCCCUUUCUGGCCGGUUGCUUCACUCAUCUGGUUUUUUGCCUGCUGGCCAACAAGCGUGUAUGAGGAUCUACUCCUACAGCCUGCAAGGCUACAGCUGGCUAGAGGAGACAUUGCCAGCCUGGGGCUCCCAUCUGCUGACCAUGGUGAGGCCCAGCUUACAGCUGGCCUGGACCCACACCAAUGCCACAGUCAGCUUCCUUUCUGCCCACUGUGCCUCCCACCUUGCCUGGUUUGGUGACAGCCUCACCAGCCUCUCCCAGAGGCUACAGAUCCAGUUCCCCGAUGCCCUGAACCAGCUGCUCCAUUCUCUGAGGGAGCUGCUCCUGUUUCUUUACCAGAAUGUCCUGCUGCCCAUGUGGCACAUGCUGCUUGAGGCCUUGUCCCGGGUGCAGGAGCACUGCCACAAGGCAUGCAGAGGUGAGGUGACCUGGGACUGCCUGAAGACACAGCUCAGUGAGGCUGUCCACUGGACCUGGCUUUGCUUACAGGACAUUACAGUGGCUUUCUUGGACUGGGCACUUACCAUGAUCUCCCAGCAGUAGGCCCUGCUCCCCGUUUAGAACAGACCAUCUGAGACUGCUGCGGGAUAGCAGGUGGCAGUUCUGCAUGGUAGUCUUUGUUACUUGGUGCCUAAGUUCUCUCUCCUAGGCAAGUGGCUGGCUGCCUCUGCCUCAGUUCUUCCAUCUUUGGUGGCAACUGAGCCCAGAAGUAGCUCAGCCUCCUACCCAUGAUUCCGCUGACCACUUCUCUGCCCGAUUGCACAUAGCUCCCAGCCUCUGACCUUGGGCUGGUGGCCUCUCUCGUCUCCUCUCUUGUCUCCUGCUCUCCACUUCCCUCUCUCUUAUUCCUGAAGCCUCAAACAGCUUGUUUCCAAAAAUGUGAGACUCCAGCAAGUGGCUUCUGCUUUCUUCUGACAAAUGAGUCCUACUCCCAGACCUUAGCCACAGCAGGAAAAAGAAAGGGACCUCCAGAAGAAUACAGCACCACAGUGGGCAGUAGGAGCUUCACUUCUGCCCACAGCCUGGGUGUGGCUGUCAGUGGACAUGGAGGCCUGGGUGGAAAAUGCUCAUCUUAGGUCCUUCAAGGCCCUUCAAUGCCUCUUCCAUCGUAUCCCUUCCACUUCCUCACUCUCCAUUCCCCUUCAGUGCCGAGAGUCUCUGUCUCAGUAUUCAGCCUCUCUCCGCUGCCCACCACCACUGUCUUUAUGGAGAGCAGAGCCCAGGUAGUCAUGUGCCUUGGGCCCAGGGAACCUUGCAACAGCCUGUUGAGACAGGAUGCAGCAUGUGGCUCAUGGGUAUGUCUACUUGGUGGAAUAAAGGACACAUUUGAUUUCUA